AUGCAAUGCAUCGUUCACUUGGAUAUGGACUGCUUUUACGCCCAGGUGGAGGCAGUGCGACUUGGCAUUGACUGCCGCACGGAACCCUACAUUCUCUCUCAGUGGGGAAAUUUAAUUGCUGUUAACUACCCCGCACGAAACUACGGCAUCGCGCGCUUCAACACGGUGGAAGAGGCUCGGGAAAAGUGUCCCCAGGUCAAGGUCUCUCACGUCGCUACCUACGCAGUGGGGGACACAGAGUAUGGGUACCACGCGCACCCGCGCAAAGGGACACACAAAGUCGCCUUGGAGCCCUACAGGGAGGCUAGCCGCAGGAUCUUUGACAUCCUUCGCAGCUUUGAAGGGGUGGGGGUGGAAAUAAGCAGUAUCGAUGAGGCCUACCUGGAUGUGACUGCAGCCGCUCAGCAGGAGCUGGUGUCCGCCGGUCUGCCCCGUACACCACGUCCGCCCUCGCUAGAGGACAUCUUGCACCCCGCAACGAACCUCAUUACCGACCGACAGGCAGAGAUAGACGCAUGGCUUCACACGAGGGGGAAAAAAUUUCACGACGUCUUUGACACCGCCCUGCACCCACCGGCCACCGUGGAGCAUCAACUUCUUCUUGGCGCGGCGUCGCGCGUCGUGUGGAACAUGCGUCAGCGAAUAUAUCAAGAACUUCACUACGAAUCCUCCGCCGGCAUUGCACACAAUAAAAUUCUAGCCAAAACAAUCUCAUCACGGCACAAGCCCAACCAGCAAACAUUACUUCUACCAGACCGUGUUGCCUCUGCGAUGUGGGACAUUCCUUGCGGCUGCAUUCGUGGCUUUGGUGGAAAGUUUGGCGACGCCGUUUGCCGCGCAUGUGGCGGCGCCGAGUUGUGCCGCGAUGCAUGGCUGAUUCCGUUGCAAGCUUUACAAGCCGUACUUGGCAAUGACGAGGGUGCGUACGCCUUCCAACGGCUGCGCUGCUACGACAAGGAGGCCAUACGAGAACGGUCCGUUGCAAAGACGUUAAUGGCGUCAAAGUCCUUCAGUCCCCCCACUUCCAGCGCAGUGGGGUUGCGAAAAUGGGUGACCGUACUUGCUAGUGAGCUCUGCACACGUUACAAAGAAUUCUGCGCGACUAACAACGUCACAGGCCACACGUUCAAUGUGAAACUCGGAAACCGCGGCCUCAGCCAGCUCGGCGGGGUGACGGACAAGACGCUGGCCUUGCCGGAGCCGGUGACGACGGAGACGCUAAUCGUCGCCACAAUGAAGAUUGUGACGACAACGUUUUGCAGUUGCGCUGGUGCACUCAUAAACGCCGUGACGCUCACCAUUGGCUCCUUUAAGCAAGUCUCAGUCGGGGAAGGAAAAAGGCGUGGACGGCAGAUGAUGUUAACGGCGUUUUUAUCAUGCAAGGGUACUGAGAAGCGUCGACGAAGUGAUUGUAACGAGGCCACGGUGAUAACGCUUUCUUCUGCCUCCUCCUCAUCAGAGGUUUUUGUUGAAACAGAGAGCUGCGGCCAGGAGGUGGUUAUCAUUGAUUGA